AUGUCUUCCGACAAAUACAUGAGACCUCAUGAUCGCCAUGCUUUUAAGAUUGCCAUUUUCUGCGCCCUGAACAUCGAGGCCGACGCGAUGAUUGCAGUGUUCGAUGAGAUCUGGGAGGAAGAACAGAAUGAGAGGUUUCAUGGCGACACCAAUAGCUAUACUUUGGGUCGGAUUUGUCAACACCCUGUGGUGCUAGUCCACAUGCCUCGCAUUGGCAAAGCAUCAGCGUCCAGCGUCGCGGCCAGCUUGCAACUCAGCUUUCCAUGCAUCCGAGUUGGCUUACUAGUCGGCAUAUGCGGUGGGGUGCCCAUCUCCGGGAAUGGCAAACGAGAGAUCAUUUUAGGGGAUGUUAUUGUCAGCACACAUAUUGUACAAAUCGAUUUUGGAAGGCUAUACCCGCACUCCUUUGUUCGAAAAAACAUGCUGCAAGACAAUCUCAGCAGACCGAACCCGGAGAUCGCGGGGUUCUUAUCCAAACUCCAAGGCCAAGCUGUUCAGGCAGAUAUCAAAGAUUCAAUGCGAGCAGACCUAGCUGCCAUUUUUUAUUCAACAGACCAUACGUUCUCAGGAUAUCCUGGUACUGGCAAAGAUAGACUCUUUGAACCGAGCUAUAGCCAUAAGCAUACAGACCCAAAGGCGUGUACAAUCUGUGCUCAAUGCACAUGCCCAGAGGAUGAUGUUUGCCCCGACGCCUUAAACUCAUCUUGUACCGACCUUGGGUGUGAUCUUGGCAAGGUAAUACCUCGAGCUCGGAUACAGAAGAUGAACGAUAAAGGCCACAGUGCUAUGGCCUACUGUCCUAUAGUGCAUUUUGGUGGACUGGCGUCGGGCGACCAGGUCAUCAAAUCCGCAUUACAUCGCGACCGCAUUGCCGAACAGGAAGGUGUGAUCGGCUUUGAAAUGGAAGGGGCCGGCUUGUGGGACACCAUCCCGACAAUCGUGGUUAAAGGAGUGUGCGACUAUGCCGAUAGCCAUAAAGACAAAGAGUGGCAGCUCUAUGCAGCAGUAACAGCAGCGGCUUGCGCAAAAAGUAUCCUGAAGUUAUGGAGAGGGACACCAAAACCGAUUGAUAGUAAUUCCGACUACGAAAGUCCUGCCCCGUCGCUAAUACAUCAAGUCUUCAGCGGUAAUUUUACGGCUGGAAAGAACGUCUAUAGCGGUGGUACUUAUACUGCUGAAUCAAUGAAUUUCUGA